AACUCUAGAAUAGAAGUAUGGAGAAAUAUGUAAAGAAGUGAGUUUUGAAGGGGUAAGAUUCAGUUAUAGAUUCCUUUAAAAUUCCGAUAGACAAACUUACAAACCGCCCAUCCCCUGUCCCCGCCGGUCUCUCUCUCUAAGAUUUGGAUGAGCUGCUAAAUUAACAUGGCUUCUUUCUAUGCUCCCCUGCCUUCCACGCCCCACGCCUAUAAGCGUAAUUUUUCCAGCAAACCUCUCAUCUUCUCCACACAUCCAAAACGCCUCCUCUUCUUUGGAAACGCCUCAAGAACCAAGAUCAUUGCAUCUUCAUCUUCUCCGAACGAUGCCUCCGCUAAUUCCGAUGCUCCUGGAGACAGCGACGCAAGCACUUUCUGCAUUAUAGAAGGGCCAGAGACUGUUCAGGAUUUUGUUCAGAUGCAGCUGCAGGAGAUCCAAGACAACAUUAAAAGUCGACGCAAUAAAAUUUUUCUUCUUAUGGAAGAAUUGAGGAGGCUGAGAGUGCAACAACGCAUUAAAAGCAUGAAAUGGGAGCCUGAUCGUGAAAAUGAGAUGCCGGAUAUACCGUCAUCAAUUCCCUUUCUUCCUCAUGUGGUAACUCUCCUGUGUAAUCUUGCACAUGAUAGUAUUACUAUUGAAGUUUUCGGCUUAUCUUCAUUCUUUAACUACCUGCUUGUUGUGGGAUUUCCUUUCGCGGUGACACAAGCCAUUUAUGGAACA